CCUCGAUCUCUGCUCCCUGCCCACCGCCACCUCCGAGGGUGGAGCUGGCCAGCCCCGCCUCGCACACCUCCAGCUGCCCAGGUAGCUCGCUGGGCAGGGCCUGGAAACAAAGUCAGAGCAGCUGACGGACUCCUGGCAUUCGCCCGAGCCCUCGAAGCAGCCACCAUGGGGAUGUCCAAGUCACGGACUUGCAUUGGUUACCCCCUGAGCAUCUUCUUCAUCGUGGUCAAUGAGUUCUGUGAGAGAUUCUCCUACUAUGGAAUGAGAGCACUGCUGGUCCUGUACUUCCGAAACUUCAUCGGCUGGGAUGACAACCUGUCCACCGCCAUCUACCACACGUUCGUCGCCCUCUGCUACCUGACGCCAAUCCUCGGGGCUCUGAUUGCAGACUCUUGGCUGGGGAAGUUCAAGACAAUUAUAUGGCUCUCCAUCGUGUACACCAUAGGACAAGGAGUCAUCUCAAUAAGCUCGAUUAAUGACCUCACAGACCAUGACCACGAUGGAGUCCCCAACAAAAUGCCCGUGCACGUGGCACUGUCCAUGAUUGGCCUGAUCCUGAUCGCUCUCGGCACGGGAGGAAUCAAGCCGUGUGUGUCUGCCUUUGGUGGUGAUCAGUUUGAGGAGGGCCAGGAAAAACAAAGGAACAGAUUUUUUUCCAUCUUUUAUUUGGCCAUUAAUGCUGGAAGUUUGCUCUCGACCAUCAUCACUCCCAUCCUCAGAGUUCAACAAUGUGGAAUUUACAGUCAACAAGCUUGUUACCCCCUGGCCUUUGGGGUUCCUGCUGCUCUCAUGGCUGUGUCCCUAAACAAUGUAGUAUGCACCUUUGCCAUCAAAAACAGAUUCAGGCACCGGAGUAAGGAAUUUCCCAAGAGGAAGCACUGGCUGGACUGGGCUAAGGAGAAAUACGACGAGCGGCUUAUCACUCAAAUCAAGAUGGUUGUGAGGGUGAUGUUCCUAUUUAUUCCACUCCCCAUGUUCUGGGCUUUGUUUGAUCAGCAGGGCUCCCGGUGGACCCUGCAAGCAACCACCAUGAGUGGGAAAAUUGGAGCUAUUGAAAUCCAGCCGGAUCAGAUGCAGACUGUGAACGCCAUCUUGAUUGUAAUCAUGGUCCCUAUCUUCGACGCUGUGAUCUAUCCACUGAUCGCCAAGUGUGGCCUCAAUUUCACCUCCCUGAAGAGGAUGACAGUGGGAAUGUUCCUGGCUGCCAUGGCCUUUGUGGUGGCUGCAGUUGUGCAAGUGCAAAUUGACAAAACUCUUCCAGUCUUCCCCAAAGCACACCAAGUCCAAAUUAAAGUCUUGAAUAUUGGAAAUGACAACAUCAUUGUAUCUUUUCCCGGAGAAACGGUGACCGUGGACCAAAUGUCUCAAACAGAUACAUACAUGACCUUUGAUGUAGACCAACUGACAAGCAUCAACAUGUCUUCCUCCGGAUCACAAGUCACUGCGGUAGCCCACAACUUUGAGCAGGGCCAUCGCCACACCCUCCUGGUGUGGACCCCCAGUGACUACCGUGUGAUAAAGGAUGGGCUCAACAAGAAGCCAGAUAAAGGAGAAAAUGGAAUAAGAUUUGUAAAUACUUUUAACAACGCGGUCAAUAUCACAAUGAGCGGGAAAGUUUAUGAAGAUGUCGCCAGUCAUAAUGCCAGCGAGUAUCAGUUUUUUUCUUCUGGUGUAAAAACCUUCUCAAUAAGCUCAACAGAGUUUCCACAAGCAUGUCCACAUGAUUUUCAAUCUUCUUACCUUGAAUUCGGUAGCGCCUACACCUACAUGAUUGAAAGGCAGAGUGAUGGCUGCCCUGGAAUAAAGCAUUUUGAAGAUAUUUCACCCAACACGGUCAACAUGGCUCUGCAGAUCCCACAGUAUUUCCUCCUCACCUGCGGUGAGGUGGUCUUCUCCGUCACGGGACUGGAGUUCUCAUAUUCUCAGGCUCCUUCCAACAUGAAGUCGGUGCUUCAGGCGGGAUGGCUGUUGACAGUGGCUGUCGGCAACAUCAUUGUGCUCAUCGUGGCAGGGGCAGGCCGCUUCAGCGAGCAGUGGGCUGAGUACGUUCUCUUUGCUGCCUUGCUUCUGGUUGUCUGCAUCAUAUUUUCCAUCAUGGCUCGAUUCUAUACUUACGUGAAUCCAGCAGAGAUUGAAGCUCAGUUUGAUGAGGAAGAAAAGAAAAAGAAUGCGGGAAAGAAUGAUCUGCAUCCCAUGUUGGAGUCACAGACCAAGAUGUGAAGGUCAGGAAGCUGUGGAAGAUGGACUGAGCUGGCUUGUGCCUUGACCUCUGUCCCCAGGAGGCAGGACAUGGAUGGCCCCCCAUGGGAAGACUUCAGAGCUGUGAACCAAACCCAGAAAGCUAUUUUCCAAAGAGCCAGCAAUGAAUCCAAAAUUCUAGAGGAGAUUUUUUUAUAAGUCUUAUUUAAAAUACACACAUCCUUUUUUUUAAAACGGAGAAUAUACCUUGCAUUUAAUAACUCCUCUCUUGCUACACAUAUUUAAAUUACUUUGGAAUAACUUAAUUCUGAAAGGGUAACAGAGUUCCAUAUUUUUCUCUAAUCCUCAAGAGAGCAAUGUUAAGUGAGAAGAUGCUAAUGCCAAAAGUGAAUUUGCAGGUCUAUAAUAAGUGCCAGGUAGUAUUAUCUGAUACCUUUCUGUUCUUCUAAUCUCUACCUCUUUUGAAAUUAUGUAUAACUCAAAAGACAACUCAUAUGAAGGCCAGUAAUGAUGCUUGAAGUUUCAAUGAUGUGAAAUAAAUUCCUGUUCUUAAGA